AUGACAUCUUUACAACAACAAAGAGUCAAAUAUGGUCCUCCACAUCAUAUUAAACGUCGACCAUACCAUCCAAUACUUGAAUCAUUGGAAUUUCAAACCAAUCAACAUUUAAUUCAAGAAUAUUCUUUAGAUAUUGUCAAUACUUUAUCUCAAUUGGAAUCACUUACAUUAGUUAAUCCUGCCAUGAUUGAUUUACAACCAGAAAUUCAAUGGUUUAUGCGUCCAUUUUUAUUAGAUUUUUUAAUUGAAUUGCAUUCUUCAUUUAAAUUACAACCAACAACAUUAUUUUUAUGUCUUAAUAUUAUUGAUAGAUAUUGUGCUAAAAGAAUUGUUUUCAAACGUCAUUAUCAAUUAGUUGGUUGUACAGCAUUAUGGAUUGCUAGUAAAUAUGAAGAUAAAAAACUGCGUGUACCCACAUUAAAAGAAUUAACAAUAAUGUGUCGUAAUGCUUAUGAUGAAGAAAUGUUUGUUCAAAUGGAAAUGCAUAUAUUAAGUACUUUAGAUUGGUCAAUUGGUCAUCCAACUUUAGAAGAUUGUCUACAAUUAGCCAUUGAUCUGAAUAAUUUAUCUAACAACACCACCAAUGAUAUUGAAAACAAAAGUGUACGUCCUAAUCGGAAAUCAAGUAUAUCAUCAGCUGUAACUGCUGUUGCUAGGUUUCUUUGUGAAUUAUCUUUAUAUGAUAAAUAUUUUUUAUCAGUUCCACCAUCAUUAAUUGCUAUUACAGCUAAUUUAUUAAGUUGUUCAAUGUUACAAAUUCCUCAUGCUUCAAUAACUUUGAAAAAUUUAAUUGAACAAGAAAUCAUUAAUCCUCAACAAAAGAAACAAAAGAAAGCUCUCUCCUCUAAUUCAUCGAGAACAACUACUGCCAGUUAUACUCAUCAAAAUCAACUGGAUGUAAGGCAUUCCAGUUUUGAUGAAGAUAUAGAUUUAGAUAGUGGGGAUGAAGAGGACGAUGAUGAAGAUUAUAUUGAUGAAUUUUAUGAAACUAAUAAUUAUGAUGAUACUAAUGCAACUACUUUUGAUGAAAGUAUAAGUAAAUCCACUACCGUUAAUGAUGAGAACCAACCACCACAAAUUCAUACUCCAUUUUUAAGUGGAUUAGAUGAAGAUUCAAUAUUAUCAAUUAAAAAAAUAUGUUUAAUGUUGAUCAUUCAAUUAAGUAAAGUUACUGAAGUAUUAUCAAAGAAAUAUGAAAAUUUAGGUGUGAUUCAAGUUAUUAAUAAUUUCCAUUCUAAUUACAAAUUUAUAAUUCAAUCAAUUUAUGAAAAUCAAGAAUUAUUACUCAAUACAAUAAAUGAUUCCACUAACAACAAUGAAAUUGAUUAUAAAUUGAUUCAAUCGAGUGAAAUAUUAUUACAAUUUCCUAAAUUUGAUGAAUAUCUUACUGAAGAUGAAGAUGAAAAUGUUUCCACUGACGAUGAAGCAAAUAGCCAACCUCAAGGUUAUGAUGGUAGUGGCAGUGAUGGGAAUAAUCAAUUAUUUACUCCCAAAUCACCUAAUGCCUUUUCAUCAAAUUCGUCAUUAACAUUAAAUAAUCAUCCUCAAUCAAUGGUUCCGGUAACCCCACCUUCAGCAACUUCACAAUAUUCAUUAUUUUCUAAUAAAAAUAAUCGAACUCAUGAAUCUACUAGUGGAUUAAAUUCUACUUGUAAUACUCCUACUCAUAUAUCAAUAAGUUCAUUUGCUCCACCUCAACCACCACCAGGCUCAAUAUUAAAACCAAAACUAACAUCGAUUAACAGUACUAACAGUUUGAAGAUUAAAAAAUUAACUAGCAAUAGUAAUUCUAGUAAUAUCAAUAUCCAUCAUGGUCAUCACAACACUAAACAAGAAAAAAGAUAUAGUCAUAUUAGUAUUGGUAGUAAUAGUAGUAGCAAAUAUGAUGGGUUUUCUCCAAUUAAGUCAAUAUCAACUAAUGGAUCAUUAAUUACUAAUAAUGGAUCAUUAAUUACUAAUAAUGGAUCAUUUACAAACAUUGUUAAUAAUACCAAUUCUUCAUCCCCAUUAAUGAAUCAACAACAACAACAACAAGUGACCCAAUCAUCAUUAUAUCAACAUCAUCAUCAAUAUCAUCAAUAA